UGGAAAUUUUUCUUGAGGACAUUUUCUGCCAUCCUACUUAACCGGCAGGACGAGGAAGAUCGCCCCUGGCAAAGGGUGAGGAAAAAACGAGGGUGAGGGUAGGAAGUUGCUAGCGAUUUCCAAACAGGCUUUUCACUUAAACUUCCUAAUCGACGUCUGUGGCGGAAGGAGCCCCUCGGAGUCUCCGGCGUGGGAUGGGCUGGUUCGGGGUCUGGGUACAUCUCCAGGCGGGCUCCCAUCCACUUGCUUGCUACUCUGCAACAACCCAAGCCCCCCUGCUCUGGAUGGAAGCUCGUGUUCCAGCAUCUGGGCAACUACAGCCUAGGCUGGCUCCCAGGGAGCGAGUGCGGAAAUGUGCGCGGGUGCAGGAGCGCACCGCUCCUGGGGUUGGACCUCUCCCAGUUUACCGUCUCUCCAACCUCCUUCCCACCUUCUGCUCCUGUCACCAGGCCCUGGCUCCGCCUCUCUGAAACCGCCCCUUAUGUCCUGCAGCCAAUAGCAACUCCCGGCCGCUUUCCACCGCCCCGAACCCUUUCCACACCCCCACGUUCCGAGAGAAGAUUGGCUGUUUCGCUCUCAGCGAAGCGCCUACAUUUGCAUGGCACUCCGGGCUUCUGGUAGGUAGAGCGGCGCGUCGCUCCGAAAGGCCGGGCCCGCCCCCUCCACCUCAGUCCUUGGCUCUCUUCCUGCGCAGUUCUCCUCCGCAGCCCCUGCCGGGUAGAGCUGGGGCUGCUCUCAAGGGUCAGUUGUCGGGACUGCGAGGUGAGAGCCCCGGUGAGAGGCCGUGCGCACCAUCUAGUGCGGCCAGGGGAGCAGGAGUGCUGCCUUUUCCUGGCUUCUCCUGAGCAGUCCUCUGCCACUAGUUACCGUCGAUCCGACUUUCCGUUCCAGUUGCGGCUUCUCCCGGGCAACAUGUCAAGAGCUGCCGCCACUCCAGCUGCCGCCGACACCUGGGGAAGAGCAGCCGCAGAGGCGGCCGCGGGCACGCGGGGACAAUAAACCGAGUCACCCGGACCUCCAGCGGGCCAAGGGAACCUCUCCGUGCUCACGGCUCGGGCGGCCCGCGCUAUGUGCUGAGCCAUGCCCCUGGGCGCGCCCAAGGGCAGCGCAUGGGGCAGCGCCUGAGCGGUGGCUGGCCCUGCCUCGAUGUCCCGGGUCGGCUCUUGUCGCAGCCGCCGACGCCCCCGCCACCGGUGAGGAGGAAGCUCGCGCUGCUCUUCGCCAUGCUCUGCGUCUGGCUCUACAUGUUCCUGUUCUCGUGCGCCGGCUCCUGCGCUGCGGCGCCCGGACUCCUAAUGCUGGGCUCUGGGUCUCGCGCCGCACACGCCCCGCCAGCCCUGGCCACAAUUCCGAAUGGGACGCCCCCCAGGCUGCCUUUCCGGGCGCUGCCGGCCACGGCACUGGCUUCGGGCAAGGAGAUAGCUGAAGGCGCUUCGAGCCAGGAGGAGCAGAGUCCCGAGACGCCGGACUCCCCCAGCCCCAUCUCCAGCUUCUUUAGUGGGUCUGGGAGUAAGCAGCUGCCUCAGGCCAUCAUCAUCGGAGUGAAGAAGGGCGGCACGCGGGCGCUGCUGGAGUUCCUGCGCGUGCACCCCGACGUGCGCGCCGUGGGCGCAGAGCCCCACUUCUUCGACCGCAGCUACGACAAGGGCCUCGCCUGGUACCGGGACCUGAUGCCGAGGACCCUGGAGGGGCAGAUCACCAUGGAGAAGACCCCCAGCUACUUCGUCACGCGGGAGGCGCCCGCCCGCAUCUCGGCCAUGUCCAAGGACACCAAGCUGAUCGUGGUGGUGCGGGACCCGGUGACCAGGGCCAUCUCGGACUACACGCAGACGCUCUCCAAGCGGCCCGACAUCCCCACCUUCGAGAGCUUGACGUUCAAAAACAGGAGCACGGGCCUGAUCGACACGUCGUGGAGCGCCAUCCAGAUCGGCAUCUACGCCAAGCACCUGGAGCACUGGCUGCGCCACUUCCCCGUGGGCCAGAUGCUGUUCGUGAGCGGUGAGCGGCUCAUCAGCGACCCGGCGGGCGAGCUGGGCCGCGUGCAGGACUUCCUGGGCCUCAAGCGCAUCAUCACCGACAAGCACUUCUACUUCAACAAGACCAAGGGCUUCCCCUGCCUGAAGAAGGCCGAGGGCAGCAGCAAGCCCCACUGCCUGGGCAAAACCAAGGGCCGGACCCACCCCGAGAUUGACCGCGAGGUGGUGCAGAGACUGCGCGAGUUCUACCGGCCCUUCAACCUCAAGUUCUACCAGAUGACCGGGCACGACUUUGGCUGGGAUUGAAUGGACGGUGUCUGUGACAUUUACCAUGUGGCUUAUAUAUUGUGAGAGAGUAUAUGUAUGUAAAAUGUACAGAAAUCUAUUUUAUAAUAAUUUAUUUUUAAUUCAUAAGCAAUUAAUUCACUAAAGCUGCCUAGCCACACUCUUUAAGAGUUAGCUUCAUGAUCUGUUAACAUUCCAAAGUGUUUAAUUCUGAUAUUUUGUUCUAUGCCUCAGAAUUGAUGGUGCUUCCAUUUUUCCCCUUUCCCUCCCCAUUAUAUUUAAAAAGAAGAAAAGCACAACUUGAGAUUUUUGUUAUUACGGGUAUUCAGCCUUCACUUGCUGUCCCAGUUCUCUGCUUGUGUCUGGGUCUCCAUGUUCCAGUUUCCAGUCUCUUCCUGCUUGUGUACCUCCUAAGAGCUCUGAGCUGCCUCCAUAGUGCUAUAUUCUGAAGGUCAGACCUCACCUAGCAGCUUCCUUAUCCGUGUAUAAUCAUUUCCAAGGAUGGAGACUCCAAACCACCAUGUUGGGGGUUUUCCUCACCUCCAUUAAGUGUGGGGGAAUCACCACCUGUGUGGGGUCAUCCAUAUCCUUUUAGAGUUCAAAUGACAGGGCCCCCCAUUUCCUUUAGCCUUCGAUGUUGAAGGAUGGCCCAUCAUCCCCUUCUGCCCCAUUCCUUGGUCCAUUAACAGCUCGAUGUGUGUGCAAAUGUUAGCCCCUUUCCCAGGUCACAUGCUUGGGUGCUGCUUUAGAAAUAACGAUGAUCUUUUCUAAUUUGCGUGAGCAUGCACCGUACUCUUUUCUCCAGGUAGACAGUUAUGCUGUGACACACCAAAGAAUUCCAUAGGCUUGCAGAGCCACUGGCACAAACCCAAUGGAUAUUGAGUCCCAUAGGGGUCAGGUGCAUCUCUUGCCAUCAGCAUCUACCAAGCUGUUGCUAGGUGCAGAGCUGGUCAGUGUUGGGCUGUAGGCUCACAGCCUCACAAAGGAGAAAAGACAGACUAAAACAUGAAAGGCAGCUUGGCAGAGGAAAGAACUCCCUGAAUCCCAGACUGCUGUUGCUUUGGGAUUAUUAGCUCCUUUCAGAAUGACCAUGAUUCUUAGCUCCUCUCAGAAUGGUCAUGUGACCUAGCAAGAGCUAGGAGUAGCCCUUUUAAAGGCAUAUUGCAAAAGCUAGUCCCGUGUCCUGUAGGGCCUUGGGCCAGAAACUUGUGCAGCUGUCAUGUUUCAGCCAGGUCUUGGCAGAAGGGUUGGCAGCAUUGUUACUACUAUGCAGAAGGCUCUCCCCAUCCCUCUGUGCUGGAAGUACAGAUAGGGAUCAUCUAUGAUGAGCAGCUGGUGGCAAUUGGAUAACCAUAUAGUGCAUCACAUAGUGACACAUUUAGUUAAAUUUCAACUUUCUAAACCAGAAUACUUCGAUCACAAGAAAAUUGUUAUUUGAGUUAUACUUUCUUCAAGGGAUAUGUGGGAAGAUAUCCUGAUCAUCAAAAUUGUUGAGUUGUGAUAUUUACAAAGGAUGCUUUUGUAUGUUCAAUAGGAUAACUUGACUGAUUGGGUAAGAAAAGUUAUAUGAAAAGAGGAGAAAAUAAUUUAUAUCUAGAAACUAAUCCAGAGAUGUUACUGGUCUUUCAAGUGACAUUUUGAUAAUGUGGUUUGUAUCUGUCCACAUAUUUUAGCCCAGCCCUUAGCAGCAAAAAUAUCUGAGCAGGUUGAGUUUAGGGAGGAAGGGUGAUCAGAGGCUCUGUGUAUUCCUUAUUUGUUAUAUCCAUUUUAUAGAUCAUUUUUAUUGUCUCUACAAAAUGAUGUGGAACCUGCACUUCAGGACAAUGCUGUUAUCAUAGUGCAUUCUCCACUCUUGCUGCUUGGGUGUGAAUAACACCCACAUAAGGGUGCUAAUUGGUUGUGCAUUUUCUGUUUGGAAGGCUCACUUGCAAUCAAAGUGCAAACACUUCUUUUCAGUUACAGCAUAACCUUGCUUGAAGGAAGGCAGUAUCCAAGUCCUUCACCGAGUCUUGCCUGGUUGACUUUCUGGCCACUCUCACGGUCUAAUCUGACUCAUGAUGUAGAACUGCAGAAUAGUUCCGAGAAGGUUAUGCAACACAACCAGAGGGAAGCAUAUAUGAGCUUUGCCUUCCCCUUCAGGUCCCUGACCUUCCAAACUGGACAAUUUUUGACUGUUUAUUCCCAACUUUAAAAUAAAACUGAAACAGGAAAUUUUCAGAUAGGAAGGUCAUUUAGUCAUGAACACUGAAGUGGCUCAAAAUUCUAUUCUAGGUCAAGGUUCUUGAAUUCAAACAGAUGUUGAUAAUUAGCACUGAUGGAAUAGGGCAAAUUUGUCCAAGGAAGACAAAUAAAUUAAACAUCACGUGUAUCUCUUGGAAGGCUCUGAUAGCUUACAGCUCCUGACUGAUCUGGAUGUUGCGUCUGCCCGAGGUUACCCCUUAUCAUGUGAUAAUUAUUACAGCCCUGCAUAUCUUCUUCUUGGGGAAGUCAGGCAGCACAGAAGACUGAACCUUGGGUUUCUUCCUCUGCUAGCCAUCUGCAAGGCCAUCAAGCUUAACAUUUUAGCUGCUAAAAGAAAAACACCAUGUCAUGUUUUGGCAAUUCAUUCUAGCACAUGUUUUGGGUUUCUUUCAGUUUAAAGAAAAAGCUCUGGUAUUCACUGGACUGUUUUAUUCUUAAUUUUGUUUCUUUCUUCAUUUAAGAACAAGAAAAAAGAUGAAUAAAAAAAGGAGAUAAUUCCUAUCUAUUGACCAUUUUCUUUGAGGUGUUUGUGUAUAGUCAUCUGUUAACUGAAUAGGUAGUGCCUGGAAAGGUAUUUUAAGACUACGUAAUAAAUUCUUAAUUGGAUGAUUGAGGAGGAGAUAUUGUCUUAUUCAUGGGAUUCUCUUUAUGAGUCAUUUUGAGUGACAGAUAAAUUUAGACCUUUGGAGAAACACAGUUACAGAUGCUGCCAGGAUGUUCUGGUAAAAAAGGAAAAUGAAAGUCUCUAAAGAGUUGGGAACACUUUAGUAAGUUUCUAAGAUGCUGAUGCGGAAGUCAUUGUUGUUUCUUUUUUUCAGUUUCUCAAUAAGAAUGGUUAAUACAAUUUAAAGGUGUGGUUAGAUUUCCUUUCACUUUUGUAACAUUAAUUUAUGACUGAGUUUCAUGCAGCCCCAUAAUCUAAAAUACUGUGCAAAUUCUAGCAGUAUAUCUUCUAUAACCUGGAUGUUAGAAUAGCCAAUAUGUACAAAAAAUUAAAUCAAGUAUUUUGUCCUAUGUAUAACACAAAUUAAUUUUACACAGAGAAAGAUGUUUCUAGGAAAAUGAAAUUCUGGUAAUUCAUACUGUUUCUUUGUAUGAACAAAUAAAAUAUAUUUUACCAA